GCUGGGCGUGACCACAACGGCGGCAGCGCGGGGGGGGACGGGGGGGUGGCUCUGUGGCCGCCGGCUCGGCGCGGCUCCUGUCGCGAUCUGUCGCGAUUUGUCGCGCCCUGUCGCGCUCUGUCGCGCCGGCCCCGCGGCUCCAGGCCCGCCCAUGGAGGCCGCGCCGCGGUUGAUGCCCGGGGUGGCCCUGCCGGGGUCUCUUCCGCCAGCGCCUCCCCCCGCUGCUGCCACCAGCGGCGACCCGCCACCCUCAGGGCCACCCUCAGGGCCACCCUCAGGGCCAGCGGCGGCGCCACCGCAGCACGACACCGGCGAUGUCCUGCAGCAGAUCAUGGCCAUCACCGACCAGAGCUUGGAUGAGGCCCAGGCCAGGAAGCACGCCCUGAACUGCCACAGGAUGAAGCCAGCCCUGUUCAGCGUCCUCUGUGAAAUCAAGGAAAAAACAG